AUGUCGAGCAGCGGUGAAGAAUUUUACAACACAUUCUACAACGCAUUCACUUCAGAAUCGACAAAAAGAAGAUCUGAUAUGAGAGAAUAUUCGAAAGAGAUUUCAGAGAAUUUGAAGUUUGAAAAUAUGUAUGGAAGCCAACAGAAACCACUGAAGGUAAUGAAGAUUGAAGAUUAUAACUGGUGGAAAAACCGAUUUGAGGGUUGGGUAAAAGCUGUCGCUCCUGAAAGUUGGUUAAAAUUGGAAAAUGGAUAUACAGAACCAGUAAAAGAAAGUGGAGAGUUAAUAGAUGAAAAAGAUUUCACAGAAAUAGAUAUAAAAAAUGUUGUAGCUGAUUACAAAAUGAUUACAUUGAUAAAACAGUCAGUGAGAGAAGAUAUUAUUUCGCUACUUGAACAAGAGAAAACAUCGAAGAGUUUAUGGGAAGCGUUAGAGAGAAAAUGUAACAAGGCUGAACCCCCCAGGAUGAAGCAGCUUGAAGAAAAAUCCAGAGCUCUUGCGGUUAUUGAUGACGAUGAAGGUUACGACUGGAGUCAAGAUCUACCUGAAGAAGAUGCAGUUGGAUAUGCAUUUGUGACUAAUGUUGAUCAUGAUAGAUGGUGGAAAAUAGAUUACGCAAGAUGGGAAAUUGAAAAAUUCAGAGAAUCAUUCAAAGAAGCCCAGAGAGCCAAAAGAUGGAAUGAUGAAUUAGAAUGUUACACGGAUCCACGGGGUAAUCCAGUUGUUGACCCAUCAAAGGUGGAUUUUGAGGCUGUAACAAAUUUUCUGCCAAGUCAGGCUACUUUCAACACAAGAAGGUUAUCUGAUAAAGAAUAUUUGCCGGAUUUGGUGAGCAAGAUAAAGGAAGUUUGUGAAGCAAGUCUACCAAAGAGCAGAAGAUUGAUUGAAGAAGAACAGAAAGAAGAAGAAGAGGAGAACAAAGAGGAAGAUCAGACAGAAGAAUCGGUGCUGAAAGAGAAUGAGGUGCUCAAUAGAAUCAAAGAUUGUGAGAAUGAAAACUGGAGCAGUCUGGCACAUGAAGAGGAGGAAGAGGUAAAAUUCCAGACUUCGAUCCCGAGAGCAGAGUCUAAGGGGGAGUCUGAAGACAAGCUUGAAGCAAGAGGAGCUUGUAGAUGGAAAGCUAGGUGUCGAUCCCUAAAAGCACGGAAGUUUGACGAAAGAGGGAGCCUGAUGAAGCUGUUGAUGAUAGAACCAGUAAUGAGAUCCUGGUGUAAUAGUCAAAGAGUGAAGCUGAUGAAAGAAGAGAAAGAUUGA